AGUUGAAAAAUAUAUCCUGAGUACAAUCACAAGACACUGUAAAUCUAGAUAAAAGCCGCAUUUUACAGAAUGUACUAGCAAGAUUGCGGCGAAAAAUGAUUCUGUCGCCUUGUUUUGAUGGGCGUGUAUUUGCAAGAUAAUUUUGGGAAAUCUCGAAUAUGUGCGCAAAACGACUACAUACUAAAUUAUCAACAUUUUACGCGUAAAUAGGCAAGCAUCGAGGGGGACGUUCCCUUGUAGCCAAGUUAACACCUGCAAGGCCGGUAAAACAAGGAGCAGCGUAGUACACCCAGGAUACAUCGGCGGUGUGUCAUGUCUACCUGGUUUACCAGGUCUGUUAUCACCCGCCGUGGAGCGUCAUUGUAUAAUUAGCGUGCUCUCGUUUGACGUCAUAGUUUCAUAUAAAUACCGAAUGCCCGAUCUCGGCCACCAUAAACUCGCGAGAGAGCUGUCUACGACGUGCUAUUAUAUUCUCAGCAAACGCUUCGCAUUGAAACGUUACUUCCUCUUUUGAGUAACGUAAUCUUGAGCGUACGAAAGCGAUCAUUACUUUCUCUUGCAAAGUAUUGUCAAUAUAAUCCGAUACUUUCAAGUACAGCAUGAUGGCUGGUACAUUCAUUGUCUUUGCGCUGCUGUCCAUCGCUUGUUCUUACGCAUCACCUCUUAGAACGGCGAGCAUUUAUGGCUCUCCCUUACUUGUUGUGCCGAUUAUCGUUCAAGAACUCGACGAUCCUCAAGCUUUGACAAACGAGAAAUCGAUGUACGCGUUAAACGACAAUUCUAAAAUUGCAAAUGAUAUCGUGAAUCUCGAAAAACGCAGCGCAGAGGAAGCAAAUAAUGAUGAUGAUCUCGAGACUGCAGCUGGUACCAACGUUCUUCGUCCUCUCUUCGUCUAUCGUCAGCAGGUCGCGUAUCGACAACGUGCCAGGGACGCCGUUCGACGAGGUAGGCGAAUAUAAGCGGGAGAGGGAAAAAUCGAUUUGGAGAUUUCAACAAUUAUUGCAACUGAUUGUUAUCUCAUUUUGGUAUUAUUGGGAAGAUAAUACAUUCGAGAUACUUGGAGACCUCCAUAAAAAGCCUCAAUUCUACAGAUCUUCAAAAUCCUAAAGAAGGAUUAAAAAAGAAUCAAGUCCGAGCUGUAUUGAGAAAAAGAUCUCAUUUAAACAAAGAUACGCAAAGAUCGAAGAAAGAUGGACAAAUUAAAGGGAAACGAAGGUUAAACAAAAUAUACAAACAUCUGUUCUGAAAAAUAGCAAGCUAUAAUCAUAUGGCUCAUUUUUAUAGCGAAACUCAUAUCCGAUAUUCAUAUACAGCCUGGGGCUGUAUGAAAUAAAGCUUGCCGGUCGCGGAUAUUCAUAGAUCCACGUGAGCGGCGAAGAAUAAGAACUCAAGCUUAUAAGCAGCGAAGCGGAAGACUCGCACCGGUAUGAAAAUUUUGGACGCAAACAAAACUGUUCUCUUGUCGACGAAGCUUACCGCUGAAAUAAAACUGUGUGAGAUAUGGAAAAAAAAAAUACGGAAGACCGAAAAAAGGAAGUUUUCGUAUUGAAAAAGGAGUGCACUGUAAAACGGUAGCAAGGGGGUAUUGAACUCGUUAGUAUAAUUACGCUAAAAGGUUGUAGCUCUCGUUAUUUCGGCGAAGAUUAACAGUGUGAAUUAUAACGAGCACGGACUAAUCUUGCUGAUUCAGGAAGAUCCUUCUUUUAACGGCAAGCGAAGCAACAAGUGCGAUAAAAAAAAAAUCAGGAAAGCAUUUUUUAGUUCUACAUUACGAUCACAUUAUGAUCUCUGGUAAAAAUCCUGUAGAUUUAAGUCAGAUUGAAAUUAAAUCUACAAAAAGAGAGUGCUGAUUAAAAUAAUAUGUAGGAUAACAGAAAAAUUAGAGGAAGCGCGCAGUAUGUAUUCUCUAUAAUUUAUAAUGUAAUUAAAUAGUGAUAAUUAUAGCAUUUCCUUUUAAUUGUAAGAUAAUCGAAAGCUGUCUACCAAAGUUGCGUUACGCAAGCAAGCAGAUUAAUGAUGUUGUGGAUACUCGAUAUGUACAUAUGAGAAUGUUAUUUGUAAUACGAUUUCUUUCAGUGUAAAUGUUACGUGUGUAAUGAAAUAAAUACGUGUGUGACAUUUUAUAAAUAAAUGUAGAAUAUUAAUUA